AUGUCUUCUGAUAAUUUUACCACCUGGCAGCCGCGUUUCAAUGAUCCGGUUCUCUCAACUCGAAUCGCCUUCAGCGUUCCUGCGGCUGUUCUCAUCUUCGUUCUUUUUACCUACCUUCGAGGGCUUUACCGCGUUUACCUGCAUCCUCUAAGCAACUUCCCUGGGCCGAGAGAAGCGGCCAAAUCGCAUAGUUGGCUCUACCAACAAACCCGGAAGGAUUACCCUGAAGAUAUCUAUGAGCAAAUCCAUCAUAAGUAUGACGCCAAAGCCAUCAGAAUCGCGCCAAAUGAGCUUCACAUUACCGAUACGAACCUAUACAAGGUUAUCUACAGGCAAUCUAACCCUUUCCCCAAGAAUGAGCCUUUCUACCUGGCAUUCAAUGCGCCGUCUCCUACGGUCUUCACCGAGAUGGAUGAGGCUAAACACAAGGAACGGCGACGCAUGUUGAACCCCAUGUUUUCACGUGCAGGUGUCCUCAAGCUUGAGGAUCUUAUUCGAGAGCGAUUGGCACUGUUGGAGAGCAAGAUUGAAAGGCUCCGUGAAAAGCAGAACAUUGACUUCUAUGAUGCGUUUCGACUCUUGACUACCAACAUCAUUAUGGAGUUUUGUUUCGCCGAUAGUCGCGGUAUGCUGGAAGAGCAGCCCGACAGUUUCAAAUCGCAAUUUCUUACAGCUUUCAGCGUCGCUGCAUCGGCGCUGAAGACCCUCCAGCAUUACCCCUUGUUGCGCAUAGUCAGCAACGCGAUACCAGUGGGAUUGCUGAAAGUUGUCUCUCCGGAACUAGGCAACCUCAUUCAUUUGACCGAUGUAAGUAGCUCCUGGUCAAAAGACUUCUUCAAACCGAUAGUUGAAGCAGUACCCGAAUUCUUGGAGUUUAAAGCCGUCAAUCAUCCCAUCGUUCUCGAAAAUCUGACAUCGCUGUCGGAUGUUGCAUUGGUCGGCGAAUCUCUUGAUCUUUUGGUGGCCGGUUCUGACACGAGCGCCACGUCCGUGACCACGGCUCUCUUCGAGAUUCUGCGUAAUCCCGCCAUAGAGAAGAGACUGGUUGAAGAACUUGACGCUGCUAUUCCGGAGAAGAAUGAUUUGCCCCCGCUCCAGACUUUGGAAAAGAUCGAGUACUUGACCGCUUGCGUCAAAGAAGGUAUUCGUCUUGCUUCAGCAGUGCCUUCUAGGCUUCCGCGCAUCGUACCUCAUAACUUGUCGGAGCCUCUCGUUGUAGACGGAAAGAUUGUUCCUCCUGGUACCAUUGUGUCUAUGUCAGCUCAUACGAUGCAUUCGAGUGUUGAUAUUUGGGGCCCUGAUGCUCGACUAUUCAACCCUAAUCGCUGGUUGGGCUCCGACGCAAAGGGCCUGGAUCAGUAUCAGGUCGCUUUCAGCAAAGGCGCAAGAAUGUGCAUUGGCCAAAACCUGGUGCCCGUUGAGUUGACACUUAUUCUCGCUUCCAUCCUUCGAAAGUACAAGAUCACCUUUCCUUCUGGAUUCUUGCCUCCCAGACGAGUCGACAACUUCACUGUAGAGUUGGAGGGAGGUCUUCCUCUUCAGGUGUCACCGCGAGCCUGA